AUGACUACUACAAUAAGCCUUGUGCCUAUACAGGGACUUUCUGGCUCCACCGGGGACGCAUUUCAAAUGAGUGGGCCCUAUAUUCUUGUCAGAGCAACGACAGUAGCCCAACAAGUGCAGGCUACUAGGCAGUUAGGGAAAAAACCUGAUCCCUCUGCUACAAGGGAACCCGAAGCUUUGCGAUGCAAGAGGAGAACAGAUAACACUGGUCUGCAUCAUAUUCUUCCGAGACCACAGCCAGCCGCUGUAGCAAGAAGGAACGAACGGGAACGGAAUCGAGUGAAAAUGGUAAACAUGGGAUUCGAAACAUUGAGAGAACAUGUACCAAGUGGCAAGAAAAACAAGAAGAUGAGUAAAGUGGACACUUUGAAAGCAGCGUCAAAUUAUAUCAGAUAUCUCCAACAAAUGUUGUCAUCUGAGACAGAACCAGUGUCACCACAGAAUUUCACAGAUAUGGACAUGGAAGGUCAGGAUAGUGACUGUAGCAGUACCACUGGCAGCAGUACCUUCUCAGGAAGUCUCCAAGAAAGUAAUAGCCUUAGCAGUUUGUGUGCAGCACUAUCUCAGAGUGCCAACUCUUUACAAGACAGUGACAACUUGAACAGUUUCUGUGCUGCUUUACAAAACAAUAACGGUAUGCAUAGCUUUGUGCCAAGUCCAACAGUAAGUUGUUCAUCACAAAAUUCGCCGGCUCCAAGUCUCUCCUCUGAUGCCAUAUCUGAAUCUUUCAGCUCGGAAGAAGAAGAAUUACCGGAUCUCGGGUCAUGGUUUACGUGAACAUCCAGAUAAAGCAAAU